AUGGAGGAAGAUCAGAAGAACGAACUGCUGUCUGCUGCCAAACUCAGGACAGAUGCAGAGUGGUGGGUAGAUCUGUGGAGCCGAGGAAUAGGUCACUCUCAUCUCAUACUCCUACAACCCAAGGUGGUCAACAACAGGUCAUGGCCAGAUGCUCAAAAAAACACCCAGCAGCUCCUUCCCUGCUCGUCGGCAUCGAGGAUGAGUCAAGACGCCGUUGGGCUGGGCGCCUCUGGGGCGGCCGGCGGCGCAUCAGGGGACGGCAACGCAGGUGGUGUUGGAGGCGGCGGCAGAAGGUCCGGCGGUGACAACGCGAGUGCGGGUGGGGGCGACGCGAUCUCUGCCGGCGGUGGUGGCACGACUGGUGCCGGCGGCGGCAACUGCUGCUGGGGAGGUGGGAGCACGGGCACCGGCAGCGGCGACAGAGGGGUCUCAGGCACAGGCAUCGGCUGCGAGGGCGGCGGCGGCGGCCAGGUGGCGGCUUCCGGGGAGAGAAAGGUGGGAUUUUGCGCGGGCGUGGGCGGUGGGCGGGCGGCCGUGGCGGCGGCGGCGGGCUGCUGGACGGCGGGGUCGGUGUCAGGCAGGACGGGCUGGCACGCGUCGGCGGCGGCGCACGCGGAUGAGGCGGAGUUGGAGCUGGACUUGGCGGCGGCGCGGUGGAGGACGGCGCGGAAGGCGAGGACGACGCCGACGACGGCGAGGGCGGCCAAGAGGGCGAGGAAGAUCUUGGUGGCCUUGCCCACGUAG